AGAAUGAGAAACCACACAGGAAUAACAUUAUUCAUCCUGAAAGGGCUUACAGAUGACCCACAACUACAGGUCCUCCUUUUUGUCUUUCUUCUUCUCACCUAUAUUUUGAGUGUAAUUGGAAACUUGACAAUCAUCUUCCUCACCUUGUUGGAUCCUCACCUUAAAACACCCAUGUAUUUUUUCCUCCGCAAUUUCUCUUUCCUAGAAGUCUCCUUCACAACUGUCUGUGUCCCUAGAUUCCUAUAUAGCAUAUCAAGUGGGGACAAUACUGUGACCUAUAAUGCUUGUGCCACCCAAAUAUUUUUUGUCAUCCUUUUGGGUGCAACAGAAUUUUUUCUUUUGGCUGCUAUGUCCUAUGACCGCUAUGUGGCUAUAUGUAAGCCUCUUCAUUAUACAACAAUCAUGAAUAAUAAGGUUUGUACUACUUUUAUCCUUUGUUGUUGGCUAGCUGGAUUCAUGAUUAUCCUUCCACCACUUAGCCUGGGACUCCAGCUAGAAUUCUGUGACUCAAAUAUCAUUGACUCUUUUGGAUGUGAUACAUCUUCUGUCCUAAAGAUCACUUGCUCUGACACAAAGCUCAUAGAAAAGAUGAUUUUAAUCUUUGCUAUAAUGACAUUAAUUAUCACUUUGGUGUGUGUGGUUCUGUCCUAUGCAUAUAUCAUUAGGACAAUUCUCAGAUUCCCCUCUGCCCAACAAAGGAAAAAGGCAUUUUCUACUUGUUCCUCUCACAUGACUGUUGUGUCCAUCAGCUAUGGCAGCUGCAUCUUCAUCUACAUCAAACCUUCUGCAAAGGAAUGGGUAGCCUUGAAUAAGGUAGUAUCAGUGCUCACGACCUCAGUGGCCCCAGUGAUGAACCCUUUCAUUUAUACCCUCAGAAAUAAGCAAGUGAAACAAGCCUUUAGGGAUUCAGUAAAAAGAAUUGCAUUUCUCACAAAAAAUUAA